AUGGAAUUAGCAAAUAGUAGGAUAUAUGGCUUUGGGAUAAGCGAGGAUUUUGAUGGAAGUGAAGGAGAGGAUGAAGAGGAUGAAUUUCAAGAAGAAUUGCAAUUCUCGUUGAACUUGGGAAAUUUGGCGACACCGUUCUUGGGCAAGGAUCAUGAAUAUGAUAGUGGAUUUGGACUAAAUGACAGUAUUUCGCUUGACGAAAAUCAAUUCGCAGUUUUGGAUGGCAUCAAUGAUGGACUCGGGUUUGGAUCGGAAUUGGAUACCGGGAUUGUGAAUGAAAAGACUUUUUUGGACGGCGACAAUGAUUUGCAUGCGAUUGCAAAGAACCAUAGUAAGCAAUUAGACGAUGGAAAAAUAAAUUGGAAAACUAGUCAUACGCCUGAAAAUAGUACCGGGUUAACUGAAUCUUUCCCUGAAAAAUCCGAGUCAAGCACGGCCGAGCCUCAGCCCAUAAAGACCAACGGAUUCAAGGACCAGGAAGGAUCUAGGGCAGUCAAAGAGGAGGCUAUGAGUUUAGAAGAUCUAAAAUUUUUACAUAAAGAAGACUUAUUAAAAGAACGCCGAAAAUCCGCGUCUUUCGUAAACAAUGCUCGUAAGAACUCCGAAACGUAUCCCGAGAAAGAAGCUGUCGUAUCGGAUGCUGGCGAAAGCUUUGGAAGCUCUGAUGACGACGAGGAUGUUGCUGAAGAAGAUUUAGUUAGUGCAUCCUGGGUGGAUAACCUCGAUAUUGAUAUGGCAUCGUUCAACAGUCAUCGUAACGAGUCAUAUUUUCCUGAUCAUGUCAACAUGGAUGAUCGCUCGGAUGAUGAAUUUUUGCUUGGUCUUUUGAGUUCUGACUCGAGCGUUGAAAAUUUAAAUGAUGAUGAGCGCGACGAUGUGGACCUAAUUGGAUGGGAAUGUUUUUUCGAUGACUCUUCUGACGAAUUAGAUCCUUUGACUAGAAAUUCCCGUGGUGCUACUCAGCGUCGGCAUUCCUUUUCUACAAGUCGUCCUCAAGACGACGGCGACACAACGGACGAAGAACUACCUCAGCUUUGUGAGCCCAAGCUUUCUAGAUCUAUCUCUUUGCAAGAAGCCCCUUCUAAUACUUCCUCCACCAUUCACGACCCCCUCACUUCUGCUUUUUCUGACUCUCCCUUCUCUCAGGUUUCUUCUAUUCCCACUGCAGCUACUGGAUUAGAACUUCCUCACUCCAAUGAGACUUCAUUGGUUAAAGAUACUUCUUAUUCUGAAAACCAUGAUAACAUAAACGGUCCCAUUCUUGCUAGUUUUGUUGACACGUCUGCUGAACUGAAUGACGUUCCUUCCUUUGAAUUGGAUCCGAAAUUGGAUUUUUCUCAGCCUAAACCCCCUGUUUUAGGCGAUGUGGAGCCUCUCGCCCCCGCAAGAUCGUCAAACAGCACCGGAGGUGCUGAAGAACCAUCUUUGGAUGAUAUCCUUGAUACAUCGCUUCUACAAGCUGCCACGACUAAUAAUGAUACUAAACCUGAAGAAUCUGUAACCAACCAAGAGGACCAUCUACUGAGUCGCUGGGAGAGAAUUCCCAUUGGUACUUUCCGACGGAAUCAGUACAUAAAAUCUAUGGCUCGGAAAGAUGAACUAAUUCGUGAUGAAUGGUGCACGUUGGCUAUCAAAACUCGUGAAAAGCGCAGACAUAAGCAACGCUCGGCUACCCUAAACAAUGUAAGCUCGAUUGCUGCAAAACCAAAGCAUUCUCGCAAAGCUCGUCGCGCGCUUAAGAAAAAAGCAAAAAAAAUUACAUAUCGACAAUUGCAUUCAGAUUUCCAAAGCACUUUAGAAGAUGAUCGAACUGAUGGCUCUUAUUUUGAUAACGACUAUGAAACUGUUGGUUUAGGUCUUGGUCCUGAGUUAUCUCCGCUUUUUGAAGUCCUGGAAUCUACUGGGUAUUAA